AUGGAAUUGCGGGAGCAAGCUCGUCCUUUUAUCCAGUGUCAUGUAAACUCGGGCAGUGCGGCUUCCUUUUGGCAUGAUGAUUGGACUCAAAAUGGACCUCUGCUCAGACUGGUUGGAUCGAUUGGGCCUAUGGUAACGGGUAUCCCACUGGAUGCUGCUGUCUCUCAUGUUGUCAGGAAUGGUCAUUGGCACAUCUCUACAAGAAGCAGACAUCCGGUUUUGCGUGCGAUUCGUGAUGCUCUACCACUUCACCCUCCAAAUCCAAACUCUGCAGAUGAGGACUACUAUAUGUGGCGGAAUUCCUUGAAUACUCCGCCUUCAGUUUUUUCUGCAGCGAAGAUUCACCUUUCUCUAUAUCCAAAUCCGCCUUCAGUCAUAUGGCGUAAGGUCGUCUGGUUUAAGAAAAGAAUUCCUAGACAUGCUUUUAUAACCUGGCUGGUUAUGAAGGAAAGAAUGGUCACAAGGGAUAGGCUUCUGUCUUGGGGACUGGAUGUCUCCCAACCUGUCUUCUUUGUGGUGUAA